AAGAAGUGCAAGUAAUGAAAAUUUAUAAUUAGCUAAGGAAUUACAUAAAAUAAUAUCUCCCAAGUUCCAUGGACUAGCAUUUGGAUUAACAACUCCUCGAAUUUAAAACAAUAGCAGCGAAAUAUACGCUGCGUUGGACAUGAAAUGCGCCAAAAAAAUGCUGCAGCCAAGUACGAAGUUUACCUUCACCCGAUGUGUGUGACAUGCAGGCAUACGAAAAAUCGAUACUGGAAUCCACAGCUGAAGCAUCAGCAGUUGCAGUGAGGUCCGCCCGGGCCCUCUAACCUAGCCAUUGAAGCUACGCAAGACUGCUGACCAAAGAGAAGGUCGACUAAGCCCGGUAACCUGUAUUAGUAGCCGUAUCUGAAUUGAGUUUGACAUAACCGAAGGCCGACAUGGUGGAUGCAAAGCCACAGCCACCCCCAGCGGGAAUGGUGCCGGGAACGCCUCCGGCUGGCUUCGCCGGCGAGCGAUCGAAAAUUAAAUUGUUCAUGGAACGGACACCCAGCAUCGGGGCUCUCAAGUCCAAGUUCCUCACAGUGCUGGGAAACAGCAAUGAGCUCCUCAACGGAAUAUCAAAUAAGUUGACCCUGAGCAGUAGCAGCAGUGACUCUGAUUAUUGCGACGACGACGAGGAUAUUCCCAAGUUUGACGAGAGCAUUGAUUACACUAAAAUCGACUUUGAAGGACGUCGUGUUAAGGCUCGACGGGCUCACGAAGAAAUUAUAUCAGGACGAUAUCGCCAGCCUAACUUAGCACCAAGACCUCGUCUGGAACCAUCUCGUGGUCGCAACCAUGCGAACAGCAAACAAGGUGGCCCGGCCCGCUCCAGUUCUGGAUCCUCGAGCAGCUCUGGCAGCAGUACUGACGAAAGUAGCUCCUUGUCCUUACCAGAUCAUCUGGCGGCUCGUUCCCAUGACGUGAGCAGCACCACGCGCUCCGACUCCUUGGAGUCACGGCAUUCCGGCGGAUACGAACGUGCUCGGGCUAUUGCCGGAGCAAGGCGCAGCGAACUGGACAUGCAAAAGGACAUGCAGCGCAUUGGAGAGCUUGGCGAGCCAGCUCCACCCCACAUCGAUGUCCAGCCACCCACAGAGGGCGGUGGUCAGUUUGGAUCGACGCCGGGACGUCAGCAGUGGGGUGGCGGAGGGGCAGGCGGCAGCAAUUCCAUGCGUGUGCCGCCGCGCAGCCGCACUUCCAACAGCAGCACGCUGACAAGCCUUCGUGAUGAGCCGGACCAGAUGCUGGCCAGCCCCAGCAUGGAGUCCACUGAUUGGCGGCACUUCAUCCGCUCCGAGUCACAGAACUCGGUGCCGUCGUGGGCGUCCUCCAUUAGCCUGGACUGUCGGGCGGGCGAAGAGCCCGUAAAGGAGUUCAUGAAGCAUUUCACCGCUCUGCUCUUUGGCGGACCAACCGGCGUCAUCAACCUGGAACUAAAGUCGGAGUUUGGGGUGCUGCUGCGCCUGGAGAUCGGCCGGCUGUGGUUCACCCGUUUUCUUACAGAACAGCGACACAAAUCCAAGAGGCUGGACUCUGUCACUUUUGGUGGCCUGGCCCAGUACUUCGCCCUGGCACUGUUUGAGUGCGGCGAAUGCGAAGACUAUGGACCUGCGGGGGUGUUGAUGAACCUCUGCUUCCUCUUUUACCAUGAGAUCGAGGUCCCUGGCUGCGAUCCCUACCGAGAGUACCUAUUCAUCUCGCUGCGGCAGCAACCCAUCUGGCAGCAGUCGCGAUUCUGGAACGCCAUCUUCCUGGAGAGUCUGCAGGCGGAGCGGGAGCACCGCAUAAGUGGUCAGCUAAGGCGCCAGCAGCGACGGCAACAGAGGCAGCAGCAAAAGCAGGCCUCCGGAGUAGGCGCAGGAGGAGGAGGCUCAGUCACGGAUAAAUCGCUACGCAAACAGGGAGGCGACUCGUCGUCUAGUUCCUCGCACCAAGCGGUACAAUCGGCGGCUCCGACGGGCACCGGCUCCGCAUCCGCAAACCGGAGACAGAGCAAGAAUAGUUUAGGUCAGCCUCAGACUGGCAAGGAGUUGGAGGACAUCGCAUUUCGACAGCUAGGGGCCUUAACAUGCAACAUGCAUUCGCUGGGCACUUCCCAAGAUAUAUGCCUCGACUUUCUUAAAAAACACAUCGUGGCACUUAACCUGUCCAAAGAUAAAGCCAAACUCAUUCGAGACAAUAUAUAUCGCAUGUACCACGAGACACAACUUUGGGGCGCCCGACACGGCUGAGCAACAUCAAAAUUGCAGUACCUAACGAAAAAGAGUUUCAAUCUUCGUCUCAACUAAAGCUAAACUUUCGUCUUAAGUCAGCAGACAAACUCCAAACUAAUCCUAACUAAACGUAGUAGAUCAAAAAAUUUUUAUCUGAAAUCCGAAGUUUUUACUCGCGUUGUUAAAAUCGUAAAAAUAUUCUAUAAAGUA